AUGGCUGCUCCCGCCACAAAGACGAUCGCCGAUCUCAACGGCAAGUGGGUCAUGAACAAAACCCUCUCUGACUCUCCUGAGCCUGCCCUUGCCCUCCAGGGCAUCGGCUGGAUGACCCGUAAGGCCGUCGGCCUCGCCACUGUCACCCUCGACGUCAAGCAGUACACCGCCCCGCCCUCUCCUCCCGGCUCCGGCACCGAGCCCGUCACUCACUUCGAUAUUGACCAGUUCGCCACAGCCGGCCUUAAGGGCACCACAGAGAAGCGCUGUGUCGACAACGAGUGGCGUGAGCAUUCCGACUGGAUGUUCGGCAGCGUUCGUGGCCAGAGCCGUUGGAUGACCCUUGCCGAGAUCGAGGACGAAUUCCUCAAGAAGGGCUGGCUCGAGAGCGACGCCGAGGCUACCGGUCCCGAUGGCAAGAGCCACCUCUACAGCCACGUCGAGAGCAUCGAUAACGGCUGGACCGCCUCCCAGAUCUGGGGUUUCCAGACCAUCGAGGGCGAGAGACGCUACACGCGCAAUGUGCUCGUUCAGAAGGGCGGCAAGAGAGUUGAGCUUCGCCUCGUCUACGACUACCUUCCAUAA